CGUUAGAGUGAGUUCAGGAGUGAAAGAUCAGGGCAGAAGAGAGUGAAACAGAACAGAGGAACCAGAGGAACUGUGGAGUUUGGUCUAUAGGAAACCAAAUGAUCCAUCGACGGAGUUGUGCACAACACCUGCCCGCGUAGUAAACGUCUUCUCCGCACGAGCACAGGCGGUGAUGCUGGCUGUGGGAUCACCGGACCCUGGUCUUCUAGUGGACAGGAUGACGGAGCUGUGGAGCCACAACACCACCACCAUCUUCACCACCACCGCUACUCAUGGCGCGUCCUCCCCCUGGAACCGCUCCAGCACCGCCUACGAAGCCGGACCGAACCUCUUCAUCAGUCUGGAGGACAUCGACGUGCCGGCGGACGGCUCCCCGACGCUGCGCAUCCUCAUCUCCCUGGUGUACUCGGUGGUGUGCGCCGCCGGGCUGCUGGGCAACCUUCUGGUCUUCUUCUUGAUGAAGGCGCGUCGCGGCAGGAGGAAUCGCUCCAGCAUCAACCUGUUCAUCCUCAACCUGGCCGUCACCGACUUCCAGUUCGUGCUGACGCUGCCCUUCUGGGCCGUGGACAUGGCCCUGGACUUCAGCUGGCCCUUCGGGAACGCCAUGUGUAAGAUCAUCCUGUCCGUCACCGUCAUGAACAUGUACGCCAGCGUCUUCUUCCUCACCGCCAUGAGCGUCACCCGCUACUGGUCCGUGGCGUCGGCGCUGAAGGACCGGACCCGGCGGCGGGUGUGCCCGGUGCGCUGGGUGAUCGCCGCGCUCUGGGUGUCCGCCACGGCGGCCACGCUGCCCACGGUUAUCUACUCCUCAGUGAAAAGCGUGGCCGGGGAGCGGCUGUGCCUGAUGGACUUCCCUGACGGCCAGUCGUGGCUGGCGCUGUACCACCUGCAGAAGAUCCUGGUGGCCUUCGUCUGCCCCAUGCUGACCGUCAGCGUCUGCUACCUGAUGCUGCUGCGCUUCGUCCGCCUGCGCAGCAUGAACAACAACCAGGUGAAGCGGCGGUCGCGGGUGACGCGCUCCGUCACCAUCGUGGUGCUCUCCUUCUUCCUCUGCUGGAUGCCCAACCACGCCAUCACUCUGUGGGGAGUCCUGGUCAAGUUCAACCUGGCCAACUGGGACAAGACCUACUACAUGGUGCACACGUACGUGCACCCGGUGACCGUGUGCCUGGCGCACACCAACAGCUGCCUCAACCCGGUGCUGUACUGUCUGAUGCGCCGCGAGUUCAGGAAGAAGAUGAAGGAGCUGUUCUGGAGGAUCUCCUCUCCGCCCGGAACCAACAACUGCCACCUGCGGCCCUUCUCCGGGACCGUGAGAGCGGGACCGGACGACACGCAGGUGGUGAUCCCGCUCAACAACGUGGAGACGGAGAACUGCCGGCUGUCGGUGCUGACGGAGCAGGGCGACACGGAGGCGCUGCCCAGGUGAAGACCGGUCCGUGGACGAGUUCCUGCUGGACUGGUCUGAGUGUCAGGACCGAGAGCCGAAUCCACAGGUGAGGAUUUAAUUAAUUUCUGAACUUGGUUUCAACGAAGAAGAAGACGAAGAGUUCAGUCAGUCUGAGUCCAUCUCAGACCCAGGAGAGAAUUUGCGCAAAUUACGCAGGAAGACGAUGCUUAAAAAAACAGCCUCAGCUAAACUCUGACCUCUGACCUCUGACCCCUGACUGAGGCAGGAGACGGACGGGCAUUUGUUUGUGUGUCCCAUGGUACAGUGGCCAAAUGUUGGGGUUCUGGUGUGUCCUGGUCCGUGUGACUGCAGCCGUUUCCGGUGUGUGUGUUCGUUGGAAACCAGGACGUAAAAACAGAGGUGUGUGUGUGGUUCUAGAGAACACUCAGCCCAGCUUUUCCCUCUUUGUAAAAAGUACAUUUUUAACCUAAAAUAUUUGUCCUGGUUUUAAACAGAGGGUCCGGGGGAGGCGGGGGCAGCCACCGUCAUGUUUUUUUUUUAUUUUUUUAAUUCUCCACCAGCAGUACCAGUCCUACCAACAUUAAAUCCAGCAGCUCAGACCAGCACGGUUCAGAUGAGAUUUAAUAAUUGAUAGAAAUAUAUAACUGUUAAUCAAAGACACACUGUGAAGUGCGUUCUUACCACUAGAGGGAGCCACCAAUGGUUCUCAUCAUUUAACAGGUGAAAUGUAAAAACUUGAAUGUUUAAAUUAAUGUAUAAAAUUAUUCCAGAAUUUGGAUCACAUACUGGACCACAUACUGGGCCACAUACUGGGCCACAUACUGGGCCACAUACUGGGCCACCUUGAGGUAUGGAGUCUUUGUGGGGCAGAUCUGGUAUCCAGAUUGUGGACCCAAUUUUCCCGACUAUCGUUGGACAAACCUUUGGUUAAAUCUUUGACUAGAAUUGUCUUUUAUUAUUUAAAAUGUUUUGUUUGUUUUUUGUCAAAGAUUCUUGAGUGUUAGCUGUUUGCUUACACUAGCUAACUUUUAUCAUUGUCUUUACCCGUUUUUAGCUAACUGUUAGCUAUUUUGCAUGUUACUCUUUGGUGUGGCUAAUGCUCCACAUGAACAUUUCUGUAUCAGUUCUUUGCAUGUUAUCGAGUGCUGUUCAUUGCUAACAUUUAGCUGUUUAUUUUUUCUACCACUGAAACAUCAGUGUUCCUCAGCUCCUCGGUUCUCUCCUGUCAUUGGACCGUUCUUUUUGUGGCUGCUUCAGGACACGUGUUGUAACUUUAACUAAAAAAAGUUAAAGUUAAAAAAACAACUCCGUUCUUUUCCAUUUGAUUUAAAUGUUGAAACUUUAUGUCAGAAAUAAAA